GCUCAGCUUGUUUCUAGUAUGGCGCUUUAUCUUCAAUCCGUCUGUCAGCUCGCCUUUCUGAGCAUCUGCUGUGCAUUGAUCACAGUGAGAGAGUCAGACAGCACAUUUGUCCCGGGAAGAUGUAUGUGUCCAAAGACGCAACAGGGUGUGAGAGGGCAACUGAAAGAUCUCACCGUCUACCAUAAAAACCCCAGCUGUGACAAAGUCACAGUAAUUGUGACACUAAGGGGUGGAAACCAGCCACUGUGUCUGAGUCCAGAGGCACCGCUGGGAAAACAGCUGAUCCGCUGCUGGAACAGAGCUCAAAAGUUGCGUCGAGAUGUGAAGGUUUGCCUGAGGAGGAGAAGGAAGAAUAAGAGAGGAGGUCAGCAGCGCCAGCGGUCUAAACUGAGGAGCCAGGGCCAGAGCAGAAAUACCUCAUCCUCUAACUCCCAAUAAUCAACCAGCCAGACAAAUUAUACAAAGCUACUGCAUGGAGAGAAGUGUGAAUGUGCUGAUUCUUGCCACACUAGCCACCAGAGGCCAUUAAACACCCCCCUCUCCAUCCCUCACCAGCUCCCUACCACUUUUCUUUCUAUAAAUGUCACACAGCUCGGACAUCAAGCUCCCCUAAAUUGUUGUCUGGGCUGUGAAUCUAACUCUCUUUCUAGGCCAGCAGCAGGGGGCUUUAUUGUUUCUGUUCAAAUGACUGAGGAUGAUAAAAACUAAGCCCUGGAGGCUUUUCAGAAAUGUUAACAGCUAACACUGUUAAAUGGUCAAUGCAUUGUUUAUCUGUGGUUCUGUGUAUACAGUUGGAAAAGCUAACUAAAGACACUCUUUGUAAUCAGUUAUUUAUUUUUAUACAAAUAUAGAGAUUUUAGACAUGUUUUUUAAAAUAAAUAUAU